AUGGGGCACCUUAAUCACCCUGCAUAAUUUUAAUAGCUCCUUCACCAAUAUUAGAUGAUUUAUGGGGUCCCAGACACCCCAGAAGUUAAAUAAUAUUUAUUUAUUCUUACCUCACACAUAUAUUUCUGAACAAGAUUCAAUCUUUAUACAUUGUCGGCGCAAUUUUGAAUUAUAAAGAAUUUAGGGAAUUGUAAAGGUUAUGGCAAAGAUGGAUUUAUCCUUAUUAAGAAGUAAAUUUCGGGGUUCUAUUCUUGGCGGAUUAAUCGGUGAUUGCCUUGGAAGCCCUUACGAAAACGAAGAGUUGUCAAAUGGUAUGAAAAUAGUUUUACAACAAUCAUUCGAUAAAUUGGAGGGUCCGAUGUUUAAAGCACCUGUCAUGCAGUUUACAGAUGAUUCUGCUAUGACUCAUUCUUUGGCCAAAUCUUUUGUCGAGUUAAAGGAAUUGAACAUUGUUGAUGUUGCCAAGAGAUUUGUUAAGAGUUAUUACCAAGAACCUAAACGAGGCUAUGGCCCUGCAGUUGUAACGGUGUUCCAGAAGUUAAGGGUUAACAAAUUUGCAGACAUUGUAAGUCCAGCAAAAGAGCAGUUUAAUGGCCAAGGUUCAUGGGGGAAUGGUGGAGCAAUGAGAGUCACGCCUAUAGCAUUGUUUUGUUAUAAAGACUAUGAUAAACUUUUAGAUACCGUGAGGAAAGCAACUCAACUCACCCAUACAAAUAAAGUUGGAAUAGAUGGUGCUAUUCUCCAAGCAGUAGCUAUUCAUCAAAGUCUUCUCUUAAACCCUAGCGAAGAACUGAAUAUAACAAAUUUUAUUGAUGACUUAAUUAAUAAAAUGGACCAAAUAGAAACAGAUGAAGAAGGCUUAGGUUUGUCAGAACCACAACCAUAUAAAGUACAAUUAGGCAUACUAAAAACGUUAAUAUCUGAAAAUGAUGAUGGACAGCACACUGAAAAAGUAGUAGAAAAGCUUGGAAACAGUGUUACAGCUUUGUAUUCUGUACCUACAGCAAUAUUUUGUUUUUUAAGAGCACAGAAACCAAUUACAGGUAUACAAACUGAAAAUCCAUUUAGAAGAGCAAUUCAGUAUGCUAUUAGUUUAGGCGGGGACACAGAUACUAUUGGUAGUAUGACUGGUGCAAUUGCUGGUGCAUUUUAUGGCGAAGAAAAAAUUAGUUCUAAUCUUUUACAACAUUGUGAAGCUUCGAAAGAAUUUAGGACUUUAGCUGAUCAGUUAUUUGAUAUAGCAGUACAACAAUAAAAACUUAAUUGUAUAUUUAUGAUUUUAAUGAAAGGAACUUGUAAUCAGAUAAAGAAGUUACGAUUAAGACUGAAGACCUGCAACUAUAAAAUAGUUAAUUACAUUUAUAUAUUAUUAAGUUUAUGUAUAGUAUC